AUGGAAUUGCGAAAUAGCCUCUCAGCACUAAUAGAUGCUGCGAAAAACAUGGCGCUUAUCGUUUCGAAUGAUGCUUCUGACGGGCCAUAUCAAGUUAUCAUCCCCGAAGACUCGGACCCGAAUGAAGAAUGGAAAACUUUCAAGGGAGAAGAAGAGAACCAAGAAUAUUCAGAGUCGGAUGAAUAUGUACAAGAUAUUCGUCACACAAAUAAGAUCCUAGGCAAGUUGUCGAACGCUUUACGGAACCCAACCCUGCGUGACCAAAGGGAACAUGCUGCUUUGACGCCACGAAAGGGAUGCUGGCCAAGGAGAGAUCCCUGGGCUGAGCAAUAG